AAUCCAAAAAGAAAGCACAACACAAGUAACAACAACAACAACAACUGCAUAAGCUAGCAGCGAAAUGUGGAAAGCUAUGAACAAUAAAAACUUCUAGCAGCCGAACAGCCGCCGCGAGUGCGAUUCGCAGGCCGCCAGCAGCAGCAAUCAGCCAGCCAGUAGUUGUGAAACGGUGGGCGAGUGUGUAGCGAUUUGAAAUUCAGCAGGAGCGUAGAAGCGUGUAAAAAAACGGUGCGAAAAAAACAGUGAUUCUAACAUAAAAGUGUUAAAUUUUUGAGUGAUUAUGCAAACAAGAGCAGCGCUGUGUUGAAAGGAAGUAAAUAGCGGUUGAAGAAAAUAUGCAAUAACCGUUACAAAGUACAUAAUUGCUAGUCAAAUGUGAAGUGCAAAAAUUGAUGAAUUUAUAAUUAUUGCAAACAAAGAGUAUAACAAUAUGCGCGGCCAGUAAGUUGAAAGCAUUUCAUUUGAACCGAGCUGCUAGUUUGAACUGUGACUUCUACGAAUACAACGCAUUUGAAUUUUUAUAAAUACAUAUAUUCGAAAGUGUUAAAGAGCAAAAGUUGAAUCAAGAUUUUAUGUAUUCUCCAUAAAUUUCAAUAGAUCAAAAAACUCAAAUCAACUCUUCAUUUUAGCACUACAUUUCACGCAUAAAGUGUGCACAAAAUAUAACAACAACAUUUUACCUACAACUCCAUAAAUGUGUGUAACACAAUACGCUCCCACCCAAAUAAUGAACGACAAUGGUGAAAUAAUUACAAAAAACACUUAAAAACCUAUACAAUUAAACGCCAGCAACAAAGUGUUGCACCGUAUUUCCUCCUCUCCAUUGGCAAAAACAGCACUUCCAAACAACAACUAACCACAAUGAAAUCGAUCUAUAGCGGCGCCAAACAACAACUCAGCAGCUGCAUGCAACACGACGGUGAUGAUACACCGCCCGUUAUAUUGGUCGCCAACAACGACUAUAACCAUCAUCAACACGAAAACCACUACCACCAUCAACAGCAACAGCAUAACGGCGGUUAUCAAGCACCAGCCGCGCACAAUCAUCAGUCGCGUCAUUCGCGCAGCCCGCAACACACGGUGCUAACCGAUCACAAUAAUAGCCCGCACAACAAUAACAAUAACAAUGUCAAUAACAACUUUAUCACAGCCGUUACAACGCCCAUAACGGGCACGAGCACUUAUGAGACGCUACAGCGUCCCUUCAAGCACGAUCGCCGUCGCGGUCAGUGGUCGGCGACAGCAGAUUUCUAUUUUGCCUGCACCAGUCAUGCCUUCGGUUCGAUUAUCUUCUCGGAGGUGCCGGUUUAUGCGAUGAUUUUCGGUGGCGUUUUCUUCCUGCCGAUGUACUUGAUAGCAAUAUUCUUAUAUGCCAUUCCAAUUUUUAUUAUACAAACCUUCUUGGGUCAAUUCUCGACAUCGGGUCUAGUUUCCGCCUUUCGUGUGGCACCGCUUUUCAAAGGCAUUGGUUACUCCAUACUGCUGCUGAAUCUUAUAUCGCUUGCCUACUAUGGCAUCGUGGCAGCUGUGCCGCUUAUCUAUGCUGCCAAUUCUGUGCACACUGUGAUACCAUGGAUGAGUUGUGAUAAUGCGUGGAAUACGCCCAAUUGCUCGACGCAUUCAACAUAUGAUGCGGAUGAGAUUGCGCUGGAUCCGCAUGCGACUGUCGAGUUUUUUCGUUACAUUAUUCUCACCGAUGAUAACACCCCCCACGACUAUGUGAUAUCCUGGCCGGUGCUGUGUGGUGUUGUAGGUGUGUGGCUGCUCACACUGGGCAUACUGCUGAAGCGUGUCUCAUUUAUUGGUAAAUUUUUUCGUUGUAUCUGCGUUAUUAUGUUUGCCAUUUUCUUGGCGAUAUUCCUGCAUCUCAUCUGCUACAUAAGACUCGACUGGAACACCUUUACGGACUAUUUUAAGCCAACGUUGCAGAGUAGCUUCAGCGGUAUGCUGGGUGGUUUGCGCACAGCGAUUUUCAUGUCCACCUGGCUAUUGGGUCCCGGUUGGGGUAAUGUACUCACGCUGGCCAGCCACAAUCGCUUUCAUCGUGACAGCGAGAAGCUGACCUAUUGGGUGAGCGGCACACAUGUGUUGCUCGCAUUUAUGGCGAUGAUUUGUGGGCGUAUCGCUUUCGAUCACUUCGAAGAUCACGUGGGCUUCCUGCAUUUCCAUUUCGAUGAGGAGCAUUAUAUGCAAUUCCUUUAUCUCUGCUUUGCAUAUCUGUUUGGCAGUUUUACGACUUUGCCGAAUUUCUGGUGCUUCCUCUUCUUCGGCAUGAUUUUUCUAGCGGAACUAAGUGCAAUUAUUAUACAAAUGAUGUCUGUGCUCACGGCUUUAUUUGAUGAGUUCGAGCAAUUAAGAACAAAGAAAUCACGCAUUACAAUCGCUUUGACAUUGUUGAUGUUGACUGUGUCACUUUAUUUUUGCACCAAGAAGGGCUUUGAACAUCUGGACCUACUACCCAAUAUUGUCAUACUCUCACAUUUGAUAAUCUCCUUUGUACUGCUACUCAUGACCACAUGGAUUUAUGGACGCGAACGUUUCCAGUGUGAUUUACAAUUUAUGUUGGGAAAAACGAUUUCGAGUUUUAAAAUAUUUUUAAUACGUUUUCUAACGCCAGCGUUUUUUGUGUUAAGCAUUAUACAAACUCUUUAUUUUUUGGAGCGUGACAACUCACCAACUGCACUCGUUAUUGUCAGUCAAUGUGUGAUAUAUGCCAUAGCACCUGCCUAUAUGAUUUAUAAGAUUUGCCAAACCAAUGGCACAUUGCGUAAUAGACUGAAACAAUGCUUUGCACCGCACGACUGGCAUCCCGUCGAUGCUGAUAAUCGACGUUUCUACGAGGAGAUAAUGGGCGUCUCGGAAAUGCUAGUAAUGGAGAGUGGUGAAGAGAACUGCGCUGUGAAUGCUUAAAACUAUGCUUGUAAUAUUACAAGCAAAAAAACAUACAUACAUACAUACAUACAAACAUACUUAUGUAUAUAGCAGAUGAACAAAUUGGUUUAAUAGGCUGGUGAAAUGGAAAUGGUUUAAGGCAGUUCGUGACUUUAUAACUGUGAAUAACAUUUAAGUAUCUUCAACUAAAACCCGUUCAAAUUUCGUACAAGUUGAUUUAGUAACAUAUCAUUUUAACUCGCGCUCGUUAAUUUUCAUGCGUUUUUUAAACGAAAGCAUUUGUAGAGGCAUGAAACGUGAAUUUGCACUAAUUACAUACAAAUUUGUUUGAUAAAAAAAUGUUUGAACUUUAAAAGGUUAAGUUUAUCAUAAAAAGCUUUAAAGCUUAAGAAACCUAAAUAUCUAUUUCAAACGGACUGAACUUCAAGUAAUAUUAGCUAAUAUUAUUAUUGUUUAAGUAAGACAGUAGACAAUUACGCAUGUUUCUAUGUAUGUAGGUAUGUAUGUAUGUCUGUUGGUCCAAGUAAGUAUGUAAGAGCGCUUUUUAUAUGUUAAACAUUUUAUGAAAAUCCAAAUACAUCCAUAUGAUGUUAGUUAUAUAAGUAAUAAGUCGGUAAGUGAGUAAAUAUUAAUGGAAUGCUUGUAGUUUUUUAAGCUGCCUUUUUUUAUAAGAGAUUAUAUGAUGUCAAUUUAUAUAUACACGAACUAAUUAUAUUAUACGGAAGUGAUAUACCAGCUAAGAAUACUCGAUGUUCAUAACAAUGCAUGAAUGAAUGUAAGUUUGUGUCUAGAAUAUACAAGUAAAUAUGUAAUUAUCUACAUUAGAAGUCAUGUCAACUACAUACUACAAUUAUGUACAAUAUUUGUUUACGAUAUGUAGAUAUUUUGAAAGUCGUAUAGGCUGAAAUAGAUUGUGAAAUGCGAAACAAUUUUGAAA